AUGCGAUCUUCCCCAGUCGAGCUCUUCAGCUCUGUGAGGUUGCAGUGAAUCGUCUAUUGGGUGGGGGUGUGCGUUGUGGGGGAAUUCUUCAAAGUUGCAUGCUUUAUUGCAUAUCUCACAUCAUUCCCAACCUUGACAUUGGAGAUGUUCUGAGACGCCAGAUGAUGGUAGCAGAGUUUCUAGCGCGCCAGAGCGGCUCGCCAAUCAACGGCGAGACGCCCUAUCCGUCACCCUACGCCCACCCUCACCACAAUCCUCACCAGCAGAUGCAACAGCAACAGCAACAACAACAGCAGCAGCAACAGAAUUGCGGCGAUAUGAGCGGUCUGUCUGAAUACGAGCAGAUGCAGCGCAAAGAACUGUUCUCACAACGCAAACAGCGAGAAUUCAUCCCCGACAACAAGAAGGACGAAAGCUAUUGGGACAGGCGGCGGAGAAACAACGAGGCAGCAAAGAGGUCCCGUGAGAAACGACGAUUCAACGAUAUGAUAUUGGAACAGAGGGUGGUGGAAUUGAGCAAGGAGAAUCAUCUACUUAAGGCGCAGUUGGCAGCAAUCAAGGAUAAAUUCGGCAUCAAUGGGGAGACAGUGGUGAGUGUGGAACAGGUAAUGGCCACUUUGCCCACCAACGAACAAGUACUGAGUUUGGCAAAAAGGGCGAAACUAUGCUAUGGAGAUGGAGGCACUUCCCCGCCCCUACCGAAUCUGCCUCCUCCUGUAGUAGGAUCCUGUGGAUCCCAGCCUCCAGUUCAACACCCAACGCCUGUUCCAACGGCAGUCAUCCACAGACCCAUGGUGACCAUGCCUCUGCCCUUCAUGCCCUCUUCGUCGUCAGCGUCCUCUUCUCCACCACCCACCGACUCAGAACUCUCCUAUCCGUAUCCAUUCCAGCCGGUGCUGCCGCCCCUGCACCCACCAAUCCUGGAGGCGCCCAACAGCAGUGUGCUGAACCUGAGCAGGAGUCGCAGCCCAUUCGAGUUGUCCGGCGAUGAGAGCUCGGUGCCCAUUGCUCUAGCCAACAACAGUCUGCCCCACAAGCUCCGGCAUAAGACACAUCUUGGUGAUAAGGAGGUCGCCACCGCACUGCUUUCACUUCAGACGAGAAUCAAGAGCGAACCGGAGCCUGAGACAGAGGUGACGGGUCACUCGAGUGCCAGCCCCCCCUGGGACGCUGAGGGCAGCAGCGACGAACGUGAUUCGGGAAUUUCUCUGGGAGCGGAACUCGCUGACGACUCGCACCUCAAAUCCGAGGUUGCCAGACUGGCUUCGGAAGUUGCCAACCUUAAAAGCAUCCUCACACGCAAGCCGACGUCCACAUAAAACACAGUAUUCCUGGCGUUGUUCAUCCACCUUCUUCUAAACUCAUAAAUACUAUUCACUGAAAUGGACUUUCAUGUGAAAAAUAACACUCCUUGAGUAAAGAAAGUUCCACAAGUGAACACUCGAGUAAAUAACACCUGAGUAAGAAAAUUUCAUUUUUGUUUGCUAAUACGGUACGUUGAUUGGCGACAAUUAAUUUGUGCCGGUGUGUUUACAUUAUUGGGUCAUCACAAAGAUUACGAUCAUAAAUAUUAUAUUUAUUUAUGCAACAGAAAUACUCAAGAUAUUACCAUGUGUGAUACUCAUUUACCAUGUGUGAAGUAAGCCAAAUAAAUAGACAAAAUGGCUUCAAGCUAAUUUAUGUCAUAGAGAAACAAAUAGCAAAAGAAUUAUAUCUUCUGCUAUCUUUUUCCCAUGGCUUUGUAUACGAAAGUAAGCCGAGGGUUAUAAAGAAAACGGUUUGCAUAUGAAAUACUUAAUGAAAAAGAUAGUUCAAUCUUGGUAAAGGAAAUUGAAUUUGGUUUGGUUGAAUUAAGCCACAUGAAACUAUUUUGAAGAAAAAAUUAAUUCCGGUAAGGAAUAUCUAUUUAUCAUUGGUAUUAUUAGAAACACAGUUUCUUUAAAAGGGUAAUUAUGGUGGAGAAGUGAGGUAUCUAUGAGUGGAUACAAUAGAGUUGUAAGAUUUUAUCAAACCUGGCAUGAUUAAUUGAUUAAAUCAGAGUUUAGUUUCGUCUUUUAUGAUUGAUUAUACAAAAAAUUUUGUUGAUGUGAUUUUGGAAUAUUUUGUUGUUAAUUAGAGGAAGUUGAUACUCUAUCAAUACAAUACACCACCCCUUCUCCAUCACCACCUGUGGUAGCUUUUUUUCAUAAUGUAAAGCUCGAUAAUGUACACACAACAGCA